AUGCCGAAGAACAAAGGAAAGGGUGGUAAGAACAGGAGACGUGGAAAGAACGAGAACGACAACGAGAAGCGUGAGCUCACGUUCAAGGAGGAAGGCCAAGAGUACGCACAGGUGAUCAAGAUGUUGGGCAACGGUCGUCUCGAGGCUAUGUGCUUCGACGGCGCCAAGCGACUGGCACACAUCCGUGGCAAGCUGCGAAAGAAGGUCUGGAUCAACCAGGGCGACAUCAUCCUCCUCUCCCUCCGCGACUACCAAGACGAGAAAGGCGACGUUAUCCUCAAGUACUCUGCCGACGAAGCACGAUCGCUCAAAGCAUACGGCGAGUUGCCCGAAUCUGCCAAGAUCAACGAGACAGACACAUACGGCGGUGAUGAAGAGGGCGGUAUUGGCUUCGACUUCGGCGAAGAUGAUGAUGACAGCGGCAGUGGAGACGAGAUUGAUGUUGACGACAUCUGA